UGCAAUGUGUCAUUGGAGCCCUGCGUAGAUAUAAGAAGCGAGCCGCCAUCUUGUGACUCACUGCUGUCUUCGCUUAGGAAAGCUUCUGACUGGCGUGUCUCGCGCCAUGUCUGAUAACAAGAAACCAGACCAGGGCCAUUUUGGUUCAGAUGGCGAAGAUUAUGGAAAUGGAUGCCAUUCAUUGGGCCAGUACUCCCUGGAAGAUAUUCGGAUGUUUCUGGAAUGUCUGCUCGUCGUUGCUGCCAUAGCAGGGUUUCUGGCGUUUCAGUUGAUUUCAAACGCCUUUUUUGAGGAGGAAGAGGAGGAGGAGGAGGAAGACGAGCAGGAGGAGUUCGAGAGAGAUGUGACCUGGAUAGCUAAGCAAACCCCGAGUAUGCCCGUUAUCGAUGAGGAAGAUGAAUACAUGGAAGACUUCGAGUUUGAGGACUUUGAGGAUGAGAACCAGGAAGAACUACCGAACCAGAUGGCGAAAGCAGAGAACCGGGCAGAGGAUGAGAUUCGCACCAGAGAGGGAAAAGGGGCUGCCUGCCUCAUUGACUUGAAAACCUGUACCUUCGUUCCUGACUAUAAAUCACGGAAGGAUGAAGUUAAGUGUAAACUGCUUUAUUUCUUCCGUGAGCCUACUUUCCUGGUGUCUCUGCCAGUAGACUCUGAAGAACCAACCGAAUGUGAGUGCAAAAGUGCUGAUGAAGAAGAUUCAAAGGAAAACGAAGAAGAUGAAACUGGAGAACUGGAAGGAGAGUCUAAAAAGGACCCGGAUUCUGCAGAGGGCUCCCAGCCUUAGGAAUGCAGUUGCAAAGCCCAGAAGACAGAAAUGGACGGAGGAAGAAGAAACGGUUUUCAUUAGUUUUCUCAUUUUUAGUAGUCUAGAAAAUUGAUUUGUUCAUGUCACCAACAGACAUCUGAUUACACAGGGUCCUUUAUAGAUAUAAAGGACUACAUUUCUUCAUGUUAAAAAUAAAAGUUUG